UGGGAAUAUAGAUAACCCCAGAAAUAAGGAAGUUUCUGCCAGUGUGAAGAUACACAUGGAAGAGACUAGAGCUCUCCUGGAAUUUAGGAUUUGAAAGAUGACAAAGAACAAUGGAUAGAUAUAAAUGUGUGGAUUCCCUUGGAGGCAGAGUAGUAGGGGAAUUGGUAUACCAGGAAGGACAGUUCAUAUUUAAGGCAGCAAACAUCACACAACCAAGUCAACAUUAUGUCACUGGAAUACCCAUGAGACUUAACAGUCCAAUUAUCCAGACAAUUUACUCUAACCAGAGCAGUAGGAAUGCAAUACCUCCUCAAAUUCCUAUGCAAAUCCAAGGACUCCAAGGAUUUCUCAAAAUCCCCUCUAACAAGGUGCCUCCUAGUGUAUGCAGCUUGAACUAUCAAUUGUCAAAUGUGAGAAAAGACAAUCGCCAAGAUCUAUUUGACGAUAGCAAACAAACUGUCUCAAGCUGUAAUGCAUCACAGCUCGCUUGCCUAAAAUCAGAAGAUGAAGUGAUGACGAAUACGCCAAUCGACUCCCAUCCGAUGACUAAAGAAAUAGUAUCACAGCCAAAAGAAGAGACUUGUAACAGAUGGAAAAAAUUUAUAAGACCACAUAUACAGAGAAGAGUGCCGAUUCGGAGAGCACCUCAAGCCGUUCCAGAUCCAGUGCCUCAAAGGAAAAGGACAACCCCUAUUAACCCUGCAUAUACAGUUCGAAAGUCACGUGUUUCCCAUAGUGUGCACGCACGUCCAUUUAGAGACAGGGUAAUUCACUUACUGGCAUUGAGAGACUACAAAAAAUCUGAACUGCUCAUCCGUCUCCAGAAAGACAGCACCCAAAUAAAUGACCGGGACUCUCUUGAAAAAAUUCUACAAGAGGUAGCCCAUUUGAAUACCUCAAAUCUUUCAUAUACCUUAAAUGAUGAUGUUUUUAAAGAGAUCCAAAAAGAUUGGCCUGGUUACAAUGACAUAGACAGGCAGUCAUUGGAGUUGGUGCUUUCCCUAAAAGAAGAUCCAUCGAAGAAUGCUAUUGGCAGUUCUAAUUCAGAAUCUUCUACACUUUCUACUACAGAUGAUGCAUCAUUUUCUGACAAACAGCUUUGCAAUUCAGUUAGUGUUAGUACGUUAGUGAAAAAGAAAGUUAGAAUAUCUCACCUAACGACUAUGGCACGCUCUACAUCAAAUACCCAUUUGAAUAAAACCAGUGGAAACUCUUCUAUGAGCCUCCUGCCACUCGCUGCAGCUACUGACAAUCCUGUCUCUCCACCAUUGCCUGCAGCCCACUUUAACAUUUCCAAUACCACUCAGCUUGUUAAUUCGGACGAUGAUUCUUGUAGCAGUGAAGGACAACCUGAGACUCAAGAUCCGUAUGUUGACAGUCUCUGUGAAAACAGCAGCACCUUUGAGAGCCAGCCGAAGGAGCAUACUUCCUCUGAAAUGGUAUCUUCUGUUUCAACUCAAACACAGUAUCCAAACUUCGUGGAGAAAAAGCAUUCGAAAUUGUAUAAGUCCAAACAUAAAUCUGCAAAACACAAAGCAAAGAGACCAAAGCGUCAUACUGACACGACACAAAAGCACCGGACUGAUUCUACAAGACCAGGCGAAGAGGCAAGUCUGAACUCCAGCCUUAGAGUUGAAGACGAUGGUACUGCCUCUGAGAAGACUUUUGAAACAUCGGAGAUUCCAGAUUAUCUGACUAAGUAUUUCACUAUAGCUUCCUAUGAGCAACGUUAUUAUUAUGAGCAGGAAUUUAGAGCUGAAUAUGGGGAAUAUCAGGCUUUGCAUUCCAAGAUUCUGACUUUAUCUAGAAUAUUUCUUGACCUAGAUUCGAAAAGAAAGUGCUUUCCUCCAGACUCAAAAGAAUAUCAGGAUACUAAUAAGGAAAUUGCACGAGAAUAUAGAAAAUUGAGACAGAGGAACCCCUGCUAUCAGGCAGAAAAGCAAAGGUGCCUCUAUCUGUAUAACAAGCUAGUUCACAUUAAGAAGUUAGUAAAUGAUUUUGACCAGCAGCAAAUAAAUCGAGAGCACUAGAAUGGUGCUUGAACUAGCACUUGGACUGAA